AUGCUCCUGGAUGAGGUGACCACCAUGGCAUUGUCCGUCGAUGGGUACUUGGACUUGCGCCAGCGGUUUUGCCCUUUUGCACCUGAAAAGCCCUCGAAGCCUGCCUUGAAUUUGAGUUGUGGGCAAGGCUUGGGCACUGUGCUGGAGAAUGCGCAGACCCAGGCUGCCUCGGUGACCUGCUCCAAGACCGAGCCGCCGAGCUUCGAUUUGGGCGCAACCUUGCGAAGUGGUGUAACUUCCGUCUUUGACUGGGUGCCCUCCGUCUCAGAGUGGCUGCAUCACCAUUCACGGGUGCUUUUCUUCCUGGCUUUACUGCUGCUUUUGCUGCUGCUCAUCUGGGCCGCAAUGGUUUAUGGCCCCAGGGGCUAUCAAAAACUGACUGGCCCUGAUCAGCGCACUUUUCGCCGGACUCUUGCUCAGCGCUUUGAAUCACGAUCAGCUCGCAUAGAAAGAGUCAAGUCUCGUGUCGAGAAAUACGCGGGGCGCACCUUCGAGAUGGUGAUGGCUGCUGAGCCUGACUACGAGGACACUGAGUUGCAGUACUACGUGAAGGUUCUGAACCGUUGCAAGGGCCACGCCAAGGUCCUUUGCGGCUCACCCUGGGGUCCAUUUCAUACUCCUGGCGAUUGUGAGCUUUGCAAGCGACGUAUAGAUUGCGCAGAAAAGGGCUGCCAGUGCGCGCAGGGAGGGCACCGUUUGUGCUGGAAUUGCAUGGUGACCAUCAUCAAUUGGGAGUCAUUAUCUUCACAAGAAGGGCAACAUUCAUGGACCUGGUCAAUAAAAGAUUGGCGUCUCGACACUCUUCAGGUAGAACACCCAUGA